AGUGGGAUCUGGAGGAUCAGCCCCCCGGAGAACAGUGAACUCAGCCGGACUUUCACCUGCUCCUAUCGGGUCCAGAGCAGCCCCCCAAGACAGCCCCACUCCCAGUCUCUACAGAGUGAUGCAGUGACCUUGGUCCUGACAGAGCCCCUGCCGGCCCCUGUGCUCUCUCUCAGCCCCCAGCACCCUGUAUAUGUGUGGGGAGAGCGGGUGACCCUGGAGUGUUCGGCUCCCAGGGGCCAGGAGGUGGCUGGAUACAGGUUCUACAAGAAACAUCGAGGCCAGGCCCCCAGGGAGCUGCCUGCUGGGGCCAUGGGGCCCUUGGUGAUGCUCACAGUGGAGCUGGGAGAUCCCAGUGAAUACAGCUGUGCUUAUUGGGUCCUGCGAGCCGGCCGGGAGAUCCCUUCCCGGGAGAGCCCCCCCGUGCCCAUCGCUGUGAUCGCCCCCCUGCCUGCCCCUCGGCUCACCGCGACCCCAGCACACCCAGUCUACGUGGUGGGAGAAGCCGUGGCUCUGACCUGCUCGAUCCCUGGGGCUCCCACGCUGGCCACGGUUCAGUUCUCCAAGGACGGAGGGGAGCUGCCCUCGCCUGUGCUCAGCAGCAGCCCCACACUGCAGCUCGCCCGCGUGGGCACGGGGCACGCCGGGGCCUACUCCUGUCGGUACCGGAGGAGGGAGUCCGGGAGAGAGAUCUCAUCCCCCCGCAGUGGGGCCGUCGCCAUCUCCGUGCUGGGUGAGACCUCGUUCCCCACAGGACCCGCGGGCAGGAGCCUCCAGCCUCCGCCACGGAGCAACUCCCUGGGCCGGGGACACGCUGGGAACCGAGGGUGGCAGGGAAGAGGUGAAACAGAUGAUUGA